AUGGUUAAUAGCGGCAUCGGUGGAAGCGAUGAGAGUUUUAUCUCAUUCGCCUUCGCCAUUGUUUCAGUAGUCAUGAUAAUACUGUAUAUUCCGUGGUUAAUCAGUCACGUACGGGGCACUUUUGAGUACUACACGUCGCCGCGGAAGAAGCGGAGCGGUCUGGUGAAUCCACUAGUAGACAUUUGGGACUCGCUGACAUACAUACCGCGCGUAAUGAUGCUCAUUGCAGAAAACCCGGCGAUGCUGCUGACGGGCGCGCGUGUCUGCUGGAGUGAGAAGGUUUUCUUCUUUCGCUGCGUGAUGCCGAAGUUCCUCAAGUUCACCAUCCGCCCCAAGAUUCUGGUGCUCUGGCUUUGGGUGGUUCUGUUUUCCUCAGCAAUGUAUGUGACGCUGACGUUUGAUGCCCACGCCGUUCUCGGCAUCGCGCCCACUGCCACAACGAGCGAGAUCAAGAAGGCGUACCGCGCACUCUCCAAGCGGUAUCACCCUGACCACAACAAGACGGACGAGGCACGCGACAUUUACAUUAGUGUGCGUCGCGCCUACAAGGCCCUCGUGGAUCGUGAGGCGUUUGAAGAGGAGGAGGCGAAGAAUGUGCAGGAGUUCUCGGUGGGAAUCGCGCUCCCUCGUUUCCUCACGUCGCGCGAGCAUGACGGACUGGUACUCUUCGGUCUCCUUGGCAUCCUCAUCGGCUUGCCGGUGAUCAUCUGGUACAACUUCCGGGGCACGCAAAAGAUCCCACAUCUCUUGUGGCGUGUUCGCUUCGAUAAGGAGCGGGUGGAGCGGUUUCUGAAGCACUUCGGCAUACCCGAGGAUCCGAAGUACGUGGAGAAGCGUGACUCGCGGCGUUCCAUUCUGCGCGUGCUUGUUACACUGGGUAUCCUACCGGACAACGCCAAUGAAAGUAUUGUGGCGUCAUUUCCGCCCUUUCCGGAGUUCAUCAUGCGCUGUGUGGAGGCCGAGAAGAACAUGUCCUUCCUCCAGAACUACUUCUCCCCUUCCGCCAUUGAGACUCUGCACGAGUACAUGGUGGUCAACGGUGUGCAGUUGCAUGACGAAUUCGUCGCCGCACACACGGACGCGGCUCCAGGCGAUUCAUCGUCGGAGCCGCAUUUGGCUUCCCAGACGGAGUACAAGGCCCUCCGCUAUCUCUUCUGGCAGCACACCGAGCAGGUGGACCAGGCACUGGAAGAAUUGCUGGAGACGAUGGGAGGAAGCCUCCCCAGCGCGCGUAAAUUGUUGAACCUUCACGUGGAACUUUUUGAUCUCCUCCGUUUGGUAUUUGAAGGUGAAGGCAAACCAAUUCGGCAGCACGUUCAAAAGCUUAUUGCGAUGCCACAGCGAGUCAGUGAUAUUGUAGACUCUCUUGAACCGGAGAUCGAAACUGCCUACAAGCGAUUCUAUAAGAACUAUCUGCAGCAGCAGCAGCAGAGCCAGCUUGGGAACAAGCACGAGCGCCGCGCUCUCAAGCUCAGCAUGCGCAAGUUGUAG